GCUAAAGCGCUGCGUGCUCGUGUCCCUGUGCGCGGUGACGUCAGUGCUCUUCCUGUCUCCACCCGCUGGCAGCCAUGAUGCAGGAAGGGCUGGACGACGGACCCGACUUUCUGUCCGAGGAGGACCGGGGGCCGCGGGCGGUCAACGUGGAUCUGCAGACGGACGCCACGCUGCAGGUUGACAUCUCCGACGCCCUCAGUGAGAGAGACAAGGUCAAGUUCACCGUCCACACCAAGAGCACGCUCCCUAACUUCAAGCAGAACGAGUUCUCGGUGGUUCGACAGCAUGAAGAAUUUAUUUGGCUGCACGACUCUUUUGUGGAGAACGAAGAGUAUGCAGGAUAUAUCAUCCCUCCGGCACCCCCAAGACCAGACUUUGAUGCGUCCAGAGAGAAGUUGCAGAAACUCGGAGAAGGAGAAGGAUCCAUGACCAAGGAGGAGUUCACCAAAAUGAAGCAGGAGCUGGAAGCAGAGUACCUGGCCAUCUUUAAGAAAACGGUUGCCAUGCACGAGGUGUUUCUGUGCCGCGUGGCGGCUCAUCCCGUCCUCAGGAAGGACCUCAACUUCCACGUCUUCCUAGAGUACAACCAGGAUCUGAGCGUUCGAGGGAAGAACAAGAAGGAGAAGCUGGAGGACUUCUUCAAGAACGUGGUGAAAUCAGCGGACGGAGUCCUGGUGGCUGGAGUCAAGGAUGUGGACGACUUCUUUGAGCACGAGAAGACCUUCCUGUUAGAAUAUCACAACCGAGUGAAAGAUGCCUCGGCCAAGUCAGAUCGCAUGAUCCGCUCACACAAAAAUGCUGCAGACGACAUCAACAGAAUCGCCUCGUCUCUCUACACAUUAGGAACGCAGGACUCCACAGACCUCUGCAAGUUCUUCCUCAAAGUCUCCGAGCUGUUUGAGAAAACUCGGAAAAUUGAAGCUCGAGUGGCUGCCGACGAGGAUCUGAAGCUGGCCGACCUGCUCAAAUAUUAUCUGAGAGAGUCGCAGGCUGCAAAGGACCUGCUCUACCGGAGGAGCCGCUCUCUGGUGGACUAUGAAAAUGCCAACAAGGCUCUGGACAAAGCUCGAGCGAAGAACCGAGACGUCCUGCAGGCCGAGACCAGCCAGCAGCUCUUCUGCCACAAGUUCGAGAAGAUCUCCGAGUCUGCCAAGCAAGAACUCAUCGACUUCAAGACGAGACGAGUGGCGGCUUUCCGGAAGAAUCUGGUCGAGUUGGCAGAGCUGGAGCUCAAACACGCCAAGGGGAACCUCCAGCUGCUGCAGAGCUGUCUGGGCGUCCUGAAAGGCAACACUUAAACUAUACAACUCCGCACACCUCCAACUGGACACGCCCCAGAAGACAGCACUGCCCAUUUUCGGCUGGACACCCCUCCAUGGGGGGGGGAAAUGGGCGGAGCCUGGGAGGAAGAGAGAGUCUUCAUCACUAACCCCGCUCCUCAUCCUGUCCCUCUCUGCCCCUGCAGGUCUGUGUGGUCCUGCAGGAGCAGCUGGAGGCAGCUCGUUCCUGUGAGAUAUGUUAAAUGUUGUAGUGUCUGAACGGAGCUCACAGGAGCGGCGAGCUGCUCGGUUUGUCUCCGUGUGUGCAGGUGUCUUUAAAAGGAGAGAAAAUUUAAAAAAAAAAAAAAAAAGUGGGAUCUUUGUCUCGUCUUCUUUCAACGGCUGUUACACAAUUAUUUUUUUUCUUCCUGCUGAUAAAUUGUCCAUUUUAGGGAAGAAAAUCUUUGAUGGCACUCGCAAACUAACCUUCCUUUUCGCUCAGUUUGCUUUAUUUUGAGUUCAGUGACUCUAUUUUGAGGAUUCACAGUCAAGAAGAUUUUUUUUUGUCUUAAAAAAUCAAAACUUGUUUUUUACUUCUCUUCUCUUGUACACGGAGAAACAUAAUGAGAAGUUGUCAAGAGUCCUGAGCAGAAUCGGUCUUCUCAGGAGGAGUUUGGGAAACAAACGGCUCUUUAUUCACAUUUAAUCUGAACCUUUGACUCGCACGUAGGCAACAAAUUGGUGAGCGCUCCUCUUUAAAAACCGAGCCACCUGCACACACGGCGCUCUCUUCUUCCUCUGGCGGUACUGGCGUGUCCGGGCCUGGUUUUAUUUUGGCGGUUAACUUCCUGUGCUGCUGCGUGUCGGGUCUCGUUCUCUUUCAAGUGUAAUUUCACUCAAUAAAGAAGAAAACAGCCUUGUA